UCUCUAAAUAUCUAAACUUUAACUAUUCUCGUCCUAGUUAGUUAUUCCAGAAACCCCACAAAGCCCCAUCGGAAUUCUCGAUCAACCACAGCCGCUCCGCUCAAAUCAAUCAUCCACCAUCCACCAUUUAACAUUUACCAUUUACCAUUUACCAUUUACCAUUCACCAUCCAUCUCCCACCACCUUUUCCCCUUUCUACUAUACAUAUCUUCCUUCAAGGAAUCACCAAAACAUAUCUAUUCUCUUACUGCAGUACAAUCCAACCUGACCCAAUUAAUCCAUCAAACACUCAAGAGCAGAGCUCACUCGAGGAUUCAAGCAACAUUCAAAAUCCAGCGAGCCACAAUCAUCCAUCUAACCUUCAUACAAAAAAGGAACCGUCUUACACGAAUACAAUCUCUCCGCAGCCUUUAUCAAUCCACUCAAGAAGGCUCAUACCUAUUCCCCAUAUUCGCCUCCGACUGGCCUAUAAAUUUCAAUACAAUUCAAUCUUCUAUGUCCAGGCGACUCUUUUCAAUGGUGACUCCACGUUCCUCAUAAUCGACAUAUGAUCUGUCCCACUAAUGAAUCUUACUUUAAGUCGGGAAACUUUGAUGACCCACCAAGUCAUCCAGCCUCAGAAUCUCCUAUCGAAACCGCCGAAAGAUUAGUACAAGAUAUUCUAGAGAGAGGCCCUAAUUCAAACACCACCAUAAGUCCAUCUGGUGAACUUUACAGAGCUAUAAGUCGAUACACCGAAGCAAGACGAGCAGGAGCACAAGCCCAACUUCUUAAUAAUUCGGAAACUAGAAAUAUGUCUUCGUCAGAACGUAGGAUCGAGACUUUACGUAGGGCCGAGAGACAGCGCAGGAUAGAAGGAAGACGCCCACAGAGACAAACCACGAUGCCUACAGCCCCAGGGGAACUUGAUGAAAAUCAAUGGGAAAAUCUUCGACGCGCUGAAAUAAGACGACGAGACUUAGCUAGACCUCCUCCUCAACCAACAAUAAGUCGUCGAAGACCUCGACUUUUACAAUCUGAUCGAUAUAUGGAACCACAGCGAGCUUUAAAUGAAGGUAGUUCCCUCAGCUCUGUACCAGAAGAUUUAAGACAAUUAGAAAUCGCAAGCUUGAACCUUCGAACUUUGUUAGAGACUCCUAUUGGAUCCAGGCUCUCUUCACCAGAUUAUGUCGCCGAGGGAGAAAAUAAUCGAAGGGUCAAGAGGAGAAAAUUAGAUCAAGACGACAAAGAGGAAUCUUGGCAGGGUUUUAAGUAUGGGAGGUAUGGUCAAGUCGAACCAGGUACUCUACAAAUGGAGAUUGUUAGUUGUGAUGGGGGAUUAUUUCAAAGUUUCCCAGAAGGAGAAUACGGAUCAGACAAUGUUUUGAAAGAUGAUAAUACCGUCUAUUGCACUAAAAGUAAUCGUUGCAAUAUUGUCUUAAAGCAUCAAGGAGAAACCACAUUUUCUCUUACAGAACUAGUUAUCAAGGCACCCCAUAAAGGAUAUACAGCUCCGUUAGUAUUGAUUACCCUUUUUUUGUACCGCGCAAUACUAAUUGAUUUCCAGAGUUCAGGAAGGAAUGGUGUUCAUCUCUGGAACAUCAAACGACCUCCUAACUCGUACUGCACAAUAUCAAAUUCAGUAUUCCUCACCCACCGGGAGUUCAGAGCGACCACCAAUAAUGUCUAUUCGCCAUAAUGAUGAUGGUACUAGGACUAUGACAACAGCUCAAGCGCGUGCUGGUCGCCUGGUUGCAUUAGGUGCCCAAGAUCCUGAAUGCGAUUUAACCACUCCGUAUAUUGCACCCACUGCUCAAAUUCCGUCUGAUUUCACCAACAUUACGUCACCUUAUCAGGUCACUAUGGAAUGUAGUAGUGACUUUUCUGAUAAUGAAGAUCAGCCUCGAAACAACCGAGCUCAUAGGAUGAGAUUAAGGGAUAUGCCAGAUGAUGAUCUUCAUCUUAUUGGUGAAAGUAGUGAGGAGGAUGACUUUCCAACAGGCUACAGACUUUCCGAUGAUGGUAAUCAUUAUUACCAUGAUGCAUCUUUACUAGGAAGAUUACGUCGACGUGAAACGGCUAGUAAUAUUACAUUAGCUGAAGCAGCUGAGGCAUCACAAAUCGCAACGCAAGAAGCGGUUGCGGCUGUAGGUGGUGAACUUAUGGUCCCUCAUGCGAAAUUCUUUAUCGAGAGGGAUAAGAGUAAAUGCACGAUUAAAUUCAGUACUCCAAUCAGUGGGAAAUAUAUUUUGUUGAAGCUUUGGAGUCCAGAUGGGAGAUCAGAUGGGAAUAUCGAUAUACAAAGUGUAGUGGCUAAGGGAUUUGCGGGUCCAAGGUUUUUUCCUAAGGUGGAUUUAAUGUAGGGGAUCAGGAAGGGAUUCAUGAUGUGAUUCGUGGUUAAUUGUUUGGAGGUUGGGCUAUGUCAAUGUGAUAGCAUGUGUGAUGUGUAGGAUUUUGAACUUGGGUCUGGGAAAGGGAUAUUGUAAUCACGGUCAUGUGACUAGCAUCAUAUGAAGCGGUACUACGAGUGAACCCCGGCAUUAGACGGGCUCUUUUCUCAUAAUGUGAUCAGCAAGAAUGAAUAAAAAACAAAGCCAUAAUAACACUGUGUGGAUAAUAUCACUCAAAAUAAUACUAAUAGAUAUAAUAUGCGAUGUAAUUAUAUCUAGUAGU